UUAUCUUCUAUCAUCUGUCCAGACUCUGUCAGGCUGGUGAAUGGGUCUAGUCUGUGCUCAGGCAGACUGGAGGUGAAGUCUGACCAGUCUAACCAGUGGUGGUCCUCAGUGUGUGAAGAUGACUUUGACCAGCAGGAUGCAGAGGUGGUCUGUAGGGAGCUCGGCUGUGGGGCUCCUUCGGUCCUCAAGGGGGCGCUCUAUGGAGAAGUGGAGGCUCCAAUGUGGAGCAAAGAGUUCCAGUGUGGAGGCCAUGAGUCUGCUCUCCUGGACUGUAGAAGCUCAGGCUCAGCUAGAAACACCUGCUCACCUGGAAAAGCUGUUGGACUCACCUGCUCAGAGUCUGUCAGGUUGGUGGAAAGAGACGGUCGCUGUGCAGGAACACUGGAGCUAAAACAUCAGGGAGAAUGGAGACCAGUGGAGCGGCGAGGCUGGACCCUGAAGGAAGCAACUGUUGCCUGCAGAGAACUGGACUGUGGUUCUGCUGUUUCUGUAGGAGAGAGAAAGUCCUCAGACAGAUCUGUGUGGAGGGUCAGGCUUGACUGUGUUCACUCUGGAUCUGCUCUGAGGGAGUGUGUGACACCAGAGUCCUUUCGUUACAUCCUGGAUCUCAACUGUUCAGACUCUGUCAGGCUGGUGAAUGGGUCUAGUCUGUGCUCAGGCAGACUGGAGGUGAAGUCUGACCAGUCUAACCAGUUGUGGUCCUCAGUGUGUGAAGAUGACUUUGACCAGCAGGAUGCAGAGGUGGUCUGUAGGGAGCUCGGCUGUGGGGCUCCCUCAGUCCUCCAGGGGGCGCUCUAUGGAGAAGUGGAGGCUCCAAUGUGGAGCAAAGAGUUCCAGUGUGGAGGCCAUGAGUCUGCUCUCCUGGACUGUAGAAGCUCAGGCUCAGCUAGAAACACCUGCUCACCUGGAAAAGCUGUUGGACUCACCUGCUCAGAGCCUGAGUCUGUCAGGUUGGUGGGAGGAGACAGUCGCUGUGCAGGAACACUGGAGGUGAAACAGGGAGAAUGGAGACCAGUGAUUGGCCCUUACAGGACCCUGAAGGAAGCAACUGUUGCCUGCAGAGAACUGGACUGUGGUUCUGCUGUUUCUGUAGGAGAGAGAAAGUCCUCAGACAGAUCUGUGUGGUGGAUCAGGUCUGACUGUGUUCACUCUGGAUCUGCUCUGAGGGAGUGUGUGAUACCAGAGUUCUCUUCCUAUACCCUGGAUCUCACCUGUUCAGACUCUGUCAGGCUGGUGAAUGGGUCUAGUCUGUGCUCAGGCAGACUGGAGGUGAAGUCUGACCAGUCUAACCAGUGGUGGUCCUCAGUGUGUGAAGAUGACUUUGACCAGCAGGAUGCAGAGGUGGUCUGUAGGGAGCUCGGCUGUGGGGCUCCUUCGGUCCUCAAGGGGGCGCUCUAUGGAGAAGUGGAGGCUCCAAUGUGGACCAAAGAGUUCCAGUGUGGAGGCCAUGAGUCUGCUCUCCUGGACUGUAGAAGCUCAGGCUCAGCUAGAAACACCUGCUCACCUGGAAAAGCUGUUGGACUCACCUGCUCAGAGUCUGUCAGGUUGGUGGGAGGAGACAGUCGCUGUGCAGGAACACUGGAGCUGAAACAGGGAGACUGGAGACCAGUGGAGGGCCGAGGCUGGACUCUGAAGGAAGCAACUGUUGCCUGCAGAGAACUGGACUGUGGUUCUGCUGUUUCUGUAGGAGAGAGAGAGGAGUCCUCAUACAGACCUGUUUUGGGGAUUGAACCUGAUUGUGUUCACUCUGGAUCUGCUUUGAGGGAGUGUGUAAGACCAUGGUCCUCUUCCACCAUCCUGAAUGUCACCUGUUCAGAUCCAUUACUUCAUCAUCACUUCAUCAGAGUGGUCGUCCUGCUGCUGACUCUGCUGGUGGUGACCACCGCCCUCUAUUUCUACUGUAAGGCCAGCAGGGGCCAGAAGCCGGGCAGACAGGAGAACAUUGAGCUGGAUGAUUAUAACCUGGGUGUUCCUGCAGCUGGAGGAGGUCCGACUGAAGAGGAAGGUGCUCAGGGAGCAGAGUAGGACCUCCAAGGAGAUCCUCUCACAUCCACAUGGAUUCACAGCUGACACACAACCAUCAGCUAAGUCCAGGAUUUUACAUUUUUGUCCUCAUGUUGGCUGAAAUUAUUGUAUGACUUUAUAUUUUUAUUACUCUGAGCAUGAAAAGACCAAAAACAUUAUUUCAAUAAUUCUGUAAUUUGCUUAUUUGUUUACAAUUGAGGAUUUUGCUUCUUUCAUCCAAAUUUUACAUCCUUUUGUAAAUAAUGAUUUUGGUUAUUUUGUAUGAAUUUUAUUUUUACAUUCUGUGAUUAAGGCUCGGGUAGGUAACAUUAGAAAAACCUGUAAUAGACGGCUACAUUUUUAAAAUAUCCAAGUGAAACAAUGGGCUCAUUACAGGCCUGCAACAGCCACAGAUACCAGAUUGUUUUUCUUUAUUCAGAGCAUUUGAGUUACUGACUGCUGUCAGGAUGUAAAGAGAAUUUAACCAAUAUAACAAAAGAUUCUUCUGAAAUACAUUAAUCUUUAAGGAUUUUGUUUAUUUUUACAAUUAAGGAUUUUGCUUGUUUGUAUGAAUUUGACUUAUUUUUGUGAUUAUGGAUUUUGUUUACAAUUAAGGCUUUUGCUUCUUUUAUAUAAACUUCGCUUAAUUUUGUUUUUACAGAUUUUGGUUAUUUUGUAUGAAUUUUACUUAAUUGUUUUGAUUUAGCUUGUUUGGUGCAAAUCUAGCUUAAAGGUCCAGUGUGUAACAUUACAGAGGAUCUGUUAUCAGAAAUUUAAUAUAUUAUUAUAAUGUUAUUAUAUAAUAUUCACAGGUACGUUUUUAUUGGUUUAUAAUCAGAUGAAAAUAAGAACCAUUGUGUUUUGGUUACCUUAGAAUGAGACAUUUCUUUCUAUGGAUUUUGCUUAUUUUGUAUGAAUUUUGCUUAUUUUGUACGGAGCCCGUUAGGGGACUAAUGGAGGAAAAAGGUUGUUGUUUAAAAAAUUAGAGAAAUACUAAUAUAGUAAUAAUAUAAUAUUGUACUUCAGUAUAGGUUUCACAAACAAGGAGAUACUUAAUCUUUUGGCACAUCAGCAUCACAUUGUCAUAAGUAUCAGGACCUUAAAAAGAAUAUGCAAGAAAAUACAUCUUUUCCGCAGAAAGAACCAGUCUCAUAAAUUUAGGACUUUUUCUUUCUUCCUCAGUGUGGCCCUAAUACUCCGUCAUAUAAAAUACACAUCCCAUAUAAAUAUAAAUACACAUCAAAGUGUAACAUUAUGUUCCUUUAUUGAAUAAGGAUAAAGAAAAACAGGUAAACCAUCAGCUCCUUUCCAAACUGAAGUCACACAGUGACUCUACAAGAUGGAAAGCACAGAAUCAAAGCAUAUUAUACAACACAAGGAUAAAUACACAUUCAAAGGUCUGUAUAUAAUACACCCCGUAUGUCUGCACACUGAAAUAAAUGCAGGACAAAUCCAUACACAUCAAAUGAACAGACAAAUUAAUGGAUGCAGUAGACUCUCUGCAAGCCUGUAUACACGCAGUAUGCAGCACAAACAUCAUAAGAGGCCAAAUCAAUUUAAAUUACAAAAAAAAAUUAAAAAAAUAAAAACACAAAUUCUUCUGCCACCGCAGGACAUAUUUAACUUAAAUUCACAGCAUGUGUCUCUACCACUGCAGGACAUAUUUAACUUAAAUUUAAAGCAUGCAUAUUAACUAAAAUAAUUUAACACAUAUUGGUCCCUCACUAGUCGACCACUGUCGUCAUCAGGGAAGAUUACAGGAUUGUCCCGGUCCAUGGCUGGUGGCACUCUGGGGGCCCUCUCCUUCCUCAGGCAGGCCACUUUGUGGAGGAUAGCACAAGCCACAGUAAUGUCACAUGCCUUCAAAGGGCUGACCCUUAAUUUGUGAAGACACUGAAAGCGUGCCUUCAGGAGGAACAAAGGUCAUUUCAACUCUGGCCCUGGUCCUGGCAUGGGCAUGGUUGUAGGCCUGCUGUGCUUCCUGGGGGUCUGUGAAUGGUGUCAGGAGAAAAGGCUGGCAGGCCCCUGUCUCCCAGCAACACACCAGAGAAUUCACCUGUCAACACAAAAUCUCAUCAUUACAACCUCAUAAACAGAGUGACAUUCUUGACACAGCCAUGAUGUAAAAAGUGGUUAUUAAUAGGGGUUGCAUGGCUCACCUUGUGAUAGGCGCUGAUAGAUUUCAGAGGUCCGAAAGACUGGAGUCAUGGACUGAGCCAGACCAUUUUGCCACAACAUUGCUGAUCAGACAGUCAGCAUUGCAGACCGUCUGAAAUCAUAAGAUGAGGACUAUUAAACCAAUCAGUGCACAUCACAAGCAAUGUACAGUGUUCAUCAAUUGACAAUAUCAAAAAGUUAUGUUCACCUGAACAUUAAUGCUGUGAAAGGAUUUCCUAUUCACAAAAUCCGCCUCAUGGGCAGCUGAGGGGGAUUUUAUCCUGAUGUGUGUGCAGUCCAGUGCACCAAUGACAUUGGGGAAACCUGUAACACAAAGUAAUGAGUAUCCUACUAUGACUGUUAACAGUUGUCCUGUGAUUUGUAGAUUCUCUUACCUGCAAUCCUAUAGAACUCCUCUUUGAUUUCACAGAGUCUUCUGUGGCCAGGGAAGGAGAUGAAGACAUCUGACAAUGCUUUGAUAGCCAGACACACACUCCUUAUUGUGCGGCAAACUGUGGCCUUGUUCAGCUGUUCUGCAUCCCCCACUGAGUACAGGAAGCCUCCACUUGCAAAACCGCGCAAGGCCACACAAACAAUUUGCUCCACACUCAGUGCAUGGAGCCAGCAGUCUGCACAGAUACCUGAUGCCAUCUGCAGAAAACCUGUACCUUUCAUAUAGAUGGUCAUCAGGGAAGGCCAGUGGGUCCAAACGGUCCCUGAAGACCCUCUCUCGCCUUAAGGCUCUCCUGAGCAAAAGUGCUUCCUCAUCCACCACAUCUCGCAACAAUGGGCACGCCAUUGUCAGAGCAGAAAGGAACACACCAUUUUGGGCCUUCAUAUAGGCUAUUGGCUGACUUGACUUUACGAGGAUUGACCUUUUAUUUUUUUAUUUAAGAUGUGUCAUCUUCUUGGAGCUGGGGGAGGAAAGGAGAAUAAUGAUUAAUACAUUUGUGUUACAGUCAGCAUACAGUGUGCAUUGAAGGCAUAACUCACCUCCCACUCAAGUUUUUUUAUUUCAAGUCCAUUAUAUAUAAAUUAAAGUUAUUAUAUUAUUAUUAUUAUUAUUAUUAGGUCAUCUUUUUAUCAAAGAGUUAUACAGUCUGAUGGAGUUACAUUUUCGCAGUUUCACUCAUAUCUGCAGUCCAUUUCAAUUAAAAAUUAAACUGAUUCAUAAUCAGAGUACAACUGCGUUUUUGGAGAUGUGAAUUAACUAUUUGGAUUGUAAUUGUGAUGUUUCAGCGGAGCGGUGAGUGUGUAAUUGUGCACUACUUACACAUUCAGGCGGUCAGCAAUACUUUGCCACGCUUUUUCUCUUUGCUUUAUCACUGUGGCGGUGUUGCCUCUCUUUUUAAUCAUGUCUUUUACCUCCUCCUAUGCCUCCAUGAGGAUUUCUGCCUCAGGCGGGGAAAAGUAAGCCGCUCUACAUGCCAUGGUAAAUCAGUGAAUCUGUGAUCGGCGGCGGGGUCUAUUUGAGGGAGCCGUGAGCACGCUCUUAUCCAGGAUUGGUUUCACCUGGCUUGAUGAAUCCGUGUCUGCUCAUCCUGGCUUUGUCUUUGUGCAACCAAUUAAGCCUGGACACUCUUGUUUUGGAUUCAUUGAGCUCAGCUCAGUCACUUAUCCUGGAUGUCUUAAUCCUACUUUUGUGCAACGGGCCCGGGUCAUUUGUUUGUGUGUGUGGUUGUUUGGGAAAGGGCAAACUGAAGCUAUGGAGAGGUUCAAACAUAAAGGCAUCAGUGCUCAGAAUGAAAUCAACUCGGUCCAUCAAGCUAAAUCACCACAAUCUAUAAUUUUGUAAUGAAGGAUUAUUAUGUUAUAUAAUAAAGGUUUUGGGUAUUUCAUACAGACUUUAUUUAACCCCUCGUGACUAAUGACUAAAUACAGAAAUUACUGCAUCUCAGCAGCUAUACGGAGUUAUAUCAUAUACUUGGUACCAUUGGAUUCAACUGCAAUAUCUAUAAUUUGUGUUUUGAUCCAGUGCAAGUCUGAUAUUUAACAAGUCAAAUUAAUAUUAAACUGAUUUUUCUUUUAAUAGAAAAUGAACUUUGUCUACCUAUUAGAAAUGAUUAAUAUGUGAAUUCAAACAUUUAGAUUUUGUGGUGUGUAGCCACAGGUCUGAUGACGACAUGACUGAAGUAUUUCCUACUCAUUUUAAUACAGAUAUUAAUGUCACUGAGUCAUGUAGAUGGUAGGAUUAUUAGUAUUACUGCUGUGUAUGUAUAUAUUUGUUUUUGUUCUUUUUAUUUCACACUUGCCUUGGUAAUGUAAACUUCGGUUUCCCAUUCAAAUAAAACGCUUUUGAAUUGAA